AUGUACAGUAAUCGCAAAUAUCACAAGGAAGCAGAGCUCUGGUCCCGCAUCCCCGAACUGCUCGGUGACGGGCGGGCGCUCGAGUUCGAGAUGCCCGACGAGGAAAUCGUGCUGCUUGCAAAAUUCGUCAGCACUUUCAUCGUGUGCUUGAUCGGUCUCUACGCCUACGCAAUCAAGGAGGUCUUCUACGACGGCUACUUCAAGCCGUUCGUCAGCAACGAGUCGAAAAG